UCCUCCUUCUGUGAAGCAGCUUUUAGUGUGAUGCAGUUUUGAGUUGUAAGACAGCAGUUCAUUCACAACUAUGGGAGCCAAGGUGGAAAAUAGUGAGCCAAAAGGAGAAGUUCCGCUUUGAGACUUUGUGGUAAUUUCACAGACUGGAAAUCUAUGGGAAUAUUUGAGUGCCAACAUCUCUGAAGGAAGCCCGUCGUCAGUGGUUUUGGCGGAUUGACUUUUCCACGAAGUAGUAAUGGCUACUGCAAGGCUUGAUUAUGUUGCUCCAUGGUGGACUUACUGGCUGCACAAUUUCCCUCACUUCAAUUUCUUUUUCCAGACGGUCGACAGCACUUUCAAACCGGAGGAGGCGAGCUAUCAGCAGUCUUUGAUAAUUCUAGCAUGUGUUGGUGCAGUUGGUCUUGGGGUGAGCCUGCUGGUUCUGGCAGUAUACUUGGUGUGCUUGUGCUGCUGCCGCAGGGACAUCGAUGAAGACACCAAAAGGCCUGAUACCUGCUGUGUCACCUGGGUUGCCAUCAUCACAGGUCUCAUCAUAUGUUCUGCUGUUGGAGUGGGUUUCUAUGGGAACAGUGAAACCAAUGAUGGGGUGUACCAGAUGAACUAUUCACUCUACAAUGCCAAUCGCACACUGGGUAACAUCAACAAUCUGGUUGCAGGCUCACUGGGCAAUGUGGAAACUGGACUCAAACAGCACCUGGAACGCCUGGAUGAGAUCUUUUCUACGAGGCCUGACUACCUCCAAGCUUUACGUUUUAUGCAGCUGAUGGUCAACAAUGUCAUCCGUGAGCUGACUGUUCUUCCAGACAUCAACAAAACCAAUUUCGACUUGGCAGCCAUUGCAGACCAGACAGCCUUCAUUGAGUAUUACAGAUGGCUGAUUUAUCUGCUGCUACUGAUCCUGGAUCUGGUUAUCUGCUUGGCCAUGUGCUUGGGAAUGGCAAAGCAUUCUCAGUAUCUGCUGAUCACGAUCAUGGGUUUUGUUAUACUGUCUUUGAUUCUGAGCUGGGCCUCACUGGGAGUGGACACUGCUACAGCUGUGGGUAUAAGUGACUUUUGUGUGUCUCCAGACAAGUUUAUUGUCAACCAUACCAAGGAUUUUCUAAGUGCAGAUGUUGCACACUAUUAUCUGUUUUGCAGUCCGAAUCUACCAAACCCGUUUCAACAGUCUUUGACAACUUGCCAGCGCUCCCUGACUACCAUGCAAAUCCAGAUUCAAGGCUUGCUGCAGUUCUCUGUGCGGGUCUUUCCCACUGCUGAGAGAGACCUUUUGGGAAUCCAACGACUAUUAAACUCAACAGAGUUCAGUCUACACAAGCUAACAGCCUUGCUGGACUGCCGUGGGCUACAUAAGGACUAUCUUGAUGCCCUCAUGGGUGUGUGCUAUGAUGGGGUGGAAGGGCUCCUCUACCUCUCUUUGUUUUCUCUUCUGGCUGCCUGCGCACUCUCUGCCAUGCUGUGUGUAAUUUUCCGAGUGUGGACACUAAUGGGCAGCAGGGAAAAAGAGUACGAUGACAUAGAUGAGGAGGAUCCAUUCAACCCCCAAGCUCGUCGGAUAUCCUAUAACCCCCGAAGGUCCAACACGCACAGUUUCUGUAGCUAUACCACAAGCCUUGGCAGCCAGGCCAGCCUUCAUCCACCUCCUCAGUCAACUUCUAGUGUAACAUCACCCCCUGAAUACAUGAAUCAGUCCAUGCUGUUUGGAGGAACCCCUCGAUAUGAGAAUGUGCCACUGAUAGGGAGAGGAUCCCCGCCUCCCUCGUAUUCACCCAGCAUGAGAGCUACCUAUCUAUCCAUGACUGAUGCCCAGAUUAGACACUUUGGGACUGAUUUUCAGGUGUAGCCUGCUCUCUACUGAAUCCCUUUCAGUGCUUCAUCUGAGAUGCUAAGCUUCAACCGACAAGGCUGUCGUCACGGUAUAACUCUGUUUACAGGAGUGACAGCCCGCCGUCCCAAUCUGAGACAUUAAAACAGGCAAUAUGAGGUAGUUGCCUCACUGACACACUAAUGCAGUCCCUGGAAAGCACUGAAAGUUUUUAAUAUAGAGGACUGUUCAGUUUCAUCUAAAGGCUGUUGUUGUUGUCGUUAUCAUGGUUUAUGGAAAUACUGUUGCUCAAAUGUAAGCUUUUCUAUGAACCCAGAGUCUUUGAACUCUUUUCAGUAUUCUGGUGGUGUGCAUGGAUAUAAUCAUCGGUCAGUAUUUUGAUGUAAAGUGAGUGGCUGACUUCCAUCAUGGCAUUUGAUUUUUUUUUUUUUUUUUUUUUUUUGCUAUAUCCCUUCUGUUUGGCAGCAAUAUCUUUUUUUUGGCCUUUUUGAAAUUUCAAAGGGUGCAGUUUGAAAGGAUAUGGGAAAAUAUGAAUGAGUUAAUAAAACAAAUACCAAGUAUUAUAGUUUUGUUUUCAUUAGCCAAAGAUGCCUUUAACAACAAGUCAGAUGGGCAUAGAUGAUAAAUUAAUAACUGACUGUUAUCACUAUUAAACCAAAUUGGCCAUACAAGUAAUUAUAAAUAAACUUUGAAAUACAGAACUCAGUGCCACUAGUUAGCUUUUAAAGAAUAAACUGAACAUGCAAGGAACAUUCUCUACUUUAUUAAAUAAAUCUGUGUUAUGUCUGUUUUUUUGAUGUUUGCUAAUGUAUACAGAAAGUCUCAUGAUUAAAUGCUAUAUUCAGACUUGUUGAUCCAUUGUUUACUUAUUAGCUCUCCACUGAUGGCUUAGAAAGACCUACUGCAGUAAUUCCAUUAGUGUGGCUGGGAUUUGGUGUGAUAACCUGUACCUGGAGAUAUCACAUGGGACAGUGGGAGUCUUAUAGGCAUGGUUCUCUGCCAGCUCUCUGAAAGAGCAGACUUCUCAAAAAUCAAAAAAUGCACAACACACAACUGCAAACCAGUGUCCUUGAAGUAUUCAUCUGUUUCACUUCAAUAUAAUAAAAUUGUUCUUUAUGCUACAAGAGUUUGACCACUUCAGAAUCUUAUUAUUCUCUAUGCACCAUGGG